CUGCUCACUUGUUGAAUUUCGGUAGACAUCAGUGAAGUCUUGCUUGCAUUACUUAUGUCACUACUAGAGUAGGAAGUUAGUGAAAGCACUGCUGUGAACGCAUGAGAUGUUUUCUCUUUGAUCCGAAACGACUUUGGUUUAAAGGCAAUGGAUUAAUCGCCGGUCCUCAGGUCUUGGUCACAAGCCAGCUCUAGUGUGUGAGAGAGAGGCCUUCGCGACCAACUUUGCGAAAUCCACCCAAACACACACUCCCAUGGGUGAUAAAAAGUCCAUGAUUGGGAGUUUGCGCCAAAAAGCCAAACUCUUCCGAUACUCGCGGGCUGGCAUCGACAAAAACCCCAACAAGCCAGAGGUGAGGGAAGAGCGCAUGUUGGACCAGCGGACGAACACUCCUUUGUUGGACGUCCUGCAGAGGAGUCGGACGUCCUACCUAAAAAGCCCAGCCCACCAGCAGCCAGCUGACCUCAAGACUUCUUCAGCUUGCAAAAGUUGUCCAACCACCCCUGUGACUCUGCGAAAGAAAGGGGGCGGCACCGGCCUCGCUGAUUCGCUGGACUCGACCGGCUGGCCGUCGCAGGAGUCAGUCACUGAUGCCCCGUCUGAGGAACACAACAUCUCCAAAUCCACAGUUGAGAUGGAUCAGGUGCUGCGUUUGGGGGACACACAGCUUCCUUCAUCAGAGAGCCUGGCUGAGAAGCCGCAUUUUAACAGAAAUGGUUCAGAUACGGUCUCCAUACAUGACAGUGAGCACAAUAAUAUUCUGGACAUGAAGGCAGAAUCAGCUGGAGUGAAUGAGCAUCAGAGGCAAGCUCAGAGAACGUAUCUGCUCACUAUAUGCCUGAAGGAGGGCCGAGGGCUGGUCAUUAGAGACCGCUGCGGCACAAGUGAUCCGUAUGUGAAAUUCAAACUGGACGGGAAGACCUUAUACAAAAGUAAAGUGGUGUAUAAGAAUCUCAGCCCUGUCUGGAAUGAGACUUUCUCCUUCCCGAUCCGCAACCUGGACCAGAAACUCUUCAUCAAGGUUUAUGAUCGAGAUCUGACAAUGGACGACUUCAUGGGGUCCUGCGGUGUUGAGCUCAGUAAACUGGAACUUGAAAAGAGCAGCGAGAUGGUGCUUCCAUUAGACGACCCCAACAGUCUGGAGGACGAUAUGGGUGUCAUUAUCAUCGAUAUCUGCUUAUCUGUGAGGGACGGCAAAAACAAAAAACAAAGAUGGGCCCAAAGGAAAAAAAGGAGCCUCAGGGGAAGUACAACCGAGCAUAACAAGCGUCUCACAGAGUCUAUGAAGAAGAGUCAACUCUGGACCGGGGUAUAUACAAUCACUCUGGUGGAGGGGCGGGACUUACCACUGGAUGGACAGGGGGACCUGUUUGUUCGCUUUAAACUGGGAGAUCAGAAAUAUAAAAGCAAGAGUCAAGUGAAGAAGGUCAACACACAGUGGAGAGAACGAUUUGACUUCAACCAGUAUCCUGAUACAUCCAGCAUUCUAGAGUUUGAAGUGGUGGGAAAAGAGGGGAGGAGAUAUGAGGAUUGUUAUGGACAGUGUGAGAUCGACUUGUCUGGGCUGCCGUUGAAUGAAUCCACACUGUUUACACGUGAGCUGGACCCGGGCCGAGGCAGGGUGGUGUUCCUGGUCACUCCCACUCCCUGCACUGGAGCUUCCAUCACGGAUCUCGUCGCCCCUCCGCUGGAAGAGCCUCAUGAGAGAGACAACAUCCUGGUUAAAUAUAGUUUCAGGAACUCCCUGAAGGAUUUGAGAGAUGUUGGUUUUCUUCAGGUUAAAGUGAUCAAGGCCACUGACCUCAUGGCUGCUGAUCUAAAUGGAAAGAGUGACCCAUUUUGUGUUCUGGAAUUGGGAAACAACCGGCUGCAGACCCACACCAUAUACAAGACCCUCAACCCUGAGUGGAAUAAAGUCUUUACAUUCCCGGUCAAAGACAUUCAUGAGGUUCUGGAAGUGACCGUGUUUGAUGAGGAUGGAGACAAAGCCCCAGAUUUCUUGGGGAAGGUGGCCCUUCCUUUACUCUCGAUACGUAACGGUCAGCAGGUUGCUUGUCCUCUGAGGAAAGAGAAUUUGGGAGGACUGUUUAAAGGAACCAUAGUACUGGAGCUGGAAGUCAUUUUCAAUUCUAUCAAAGCAAGCUUCAGGACCUUCACACCUAGAGAACAGAAGUUUAUGGAGGACAAUGCCAAGUUUUCUAAGAAGGUUCUUGCCAGGAAUGUUGUUCGCGUGAGGAAUCUUUAUCGUGCUGUGUGCCACACCAACCAGUUCAUCAAGAGCUGUUUCCAGUGGGAAAGUGUGCAGAGGAGCAUCAUAGCAUUUCUGGUCUUUGUUCUCACUGUGUGGUACUGGGAUUUCUACAUGCUGCCCAUGUUCAUGGUUCUUCUCAUUUUGUGGAACUAUCUCCAGAUCGCCUCUGAGAGAGUCACCAGAGACCUAGACACCAUGGAGUUAUAUGAAGAGGAAGAUGAAGAUGAAAAGGAAUCAGAAAGAAAAGGUUUGAUGGAGAAAAUUCACAUGGUUCAGGAAAUUGUCAUAAUGGUCCAGAACCUUCUGGAGGCCAUUGCAAGCUUUGGUGAAAGAAUAAAAAAUACAUUCAACUGGUCAGUCCCGUUCUUGUCUAAUCUGGCCUUUCUGGUUCUCCUCAUGGCUACAGUGAUCACUUACUUUAUUCCAGUACGCUACAUUAUUUUAUUAUGGGGUAUACAUAAAUUCACAAAGAAACUGCGCAAUCCAUAUGCCAUUGAAAACAAUGAGGUGAUGGAUUUCCUCUCCAGAGUGCCUUCAGAUGUUCAAAUGGCACAGUACACUGAAUUGAGCAGCUGUAGUUUCCACAGUCCUUGCAGGAGAAGAAAAGCAUCUCCUUGACACUAGAAUGAGAAACGCUGGUCUCCUGAGAACAUUCUGUGUGAAGAGCCUUUGAAGGUGCCAGGACUCGACGGCCAGGGAUUGAUUUCAGCAUGGAUUUAAUAGGUGAAUUGCAGUUGAUCUGCUUAUUUUAUUUUGGCGAACUGAAAUCAUCCCCCUCAGAUGGUCCGGUCUUCACUGCUGGGUCGUGCUGAAGCACCGUGGUUAAUAACACAGACACAUAUUAACACUCACAGCAGCACUGAGGCAUGAAGAGAUGUAACUAAGAUAAACUGAAUGGUUAAAGUGUAGGAUAUCUUAGAUGCAAUUCCUGACCGACACAUUGUGUACAGUAUGAGUUCCAUACAGUGCAGUGCUUUGCUGUUUUAUACUUGAUUCAUUUCUUAAUUUUGUCUUUACAGACUUGUAAAAAUCUUUUGUAAAGUCACAUUCUCUACAAGCUUAUUUUUGUCGAACUGAACUUAUAUUGUAUCAUAGCAUUUUCCAAAUGUGGUUUAAUUUUCUCUUUUUUUAUUUAAACAACGCAUUGAUUUCAAAGUCUUUUUAAUCUAUUAAUUUGCAUUUUAAUUAUUGCAGACAAAAUGCAUGAAAUUGAAUACAUUUUUAGUGCCUUUGACAAACUCUAGGUGUAAAUAGCUUUGUUUAACUACAUUCUCCUGUCAAAGUUUGCCUUUUGUGCAAUAUAAGGUUCUAGAUUUUUAAGUAGUAAUUGUGAAACGCAAGUACACGUCUGAUUUGUAUUAUACAGAUUUUUACAGAUUGACCUCUGCUCACAUGAACAUUAUGAAUAUAUCAGAUGUUUCUGUACUCUUUGAUAUUCCGUUUUGUAUCAUGGUCAUUUCACAGUAAACAUUUACUACAUUUGAUGACA